AUGGUGUUCUCGCACAAUAACGGCGCCAAAUCCCGUAGUGACAGCAGUGCCAGUGCAGGUCCUGCCGCUGCCGACGAUGCCGGAAAUCAGUCUGAAGCCAGUAUCAGUGCAGGCCUUGGCAAGAAGAAGCGGCUUGCCAUCAUUACAUCCUAUGACGACUCUGAUCAAGAUCCGCCGAGGCGUCCUUCCCGGGCGCCACUACUCCGAUCGCAGAGCGAGCACAUGGUGCGUCACGAGGAGCCAGAGUAUACUGAUGACGAAAUUCACGAGUGGGGGGCACGACACGGUUUCGAGGACCACUACCAGUCCGAGGAUAUUAUUUCACAUUUAGCAAAUAAUUGGUACAUGUAUUUUACAGAUAAACGACACGAGACGACGGGCCGGCCGAAAUUGCCCAGCUACGAGAUUGAAGAUUGGCGCAUGCGAGAUCGCUUAAAGACAGUUUCUGCUGCGCUUGCAGUCUGCCUCAACAUCGGUGUCGAACCUCCAGAUCAACUCAAGACAAAUCCAGGCGCAAAGCUCGAGGCAUGGACUGAUCCCUUCAUUCCGCCGGCGACGAAAGCCCUCGAGACCAUCGGCAAGAACCUGCAAUCCCAGUACGAGAACAUUUCGCUGCGAACGCGAUACAAGCAAUACCUCGACCCAUCCGUCGAGGAGACGAAACGAUUCUGCAUAUCUCUGCGGCGCAACGCGAAAGACGAGAGGGUUCUCUUCCACUACAACGGUCAUGGCGUACCGAAACCCACGCAAUCCGGCGAGAUCUGGGUGUUCAACAAGAACUACACACAGUACAUUCCGAUUUCUCUGUACGAUCUGCAGCAUUGGCUUCAGAGCCCAGUCAUAUUUGUCUGGGACUGCUCAGAAGCCGGCAACAUUCUGAGCAACUAUCACCGAUUUGUCAAAAAACACGAAGAGGAGGAAGAAGCAAACGCAGCUGCAGAUCCCAACUAUCAGAAAGUCAACUUUAGGUCAUAUCUGCAUCUGGCAGCCUGUGGCGCAAAGGAGAACCUUCCCACGAACCCUCUGCUGCCAGCAGACUUGUUCACUGCUUGCCUGACUACGCCCAUAGAAAUGACUCUGUGGUUUUUCGUUUUGCAGAACCCCUUGCGCACGAAUUUGACCCCCGAGAGGGCAAAGAAGCUUCCUGGCAGACUGCAAGAACGGAGAACCCCGCUAGGAGAGCUCAACUGGAUCUUCACCGCGAUUACGGAUACUAUUGCGUGGACAUCAUUGCCGAGGCCUUUGUUUCGCAAGUUCUUCCGACAAGACCUGAUGGUGGCUGCGUUGUUCCGCAACUUCAUCCUGGCGCAAAGGAUCAUGGUGGUAUAUGGCUGCCAUCCACAAUCAUAUCCGGCGCUUCCUGAUACGCAUCAACAUCCCCUGUGGGAGAGCCUCGAUCUGGCUGUCGACCUUGCCCUCUCCCAGCUUCCAAUGCUGGAGAAGAAGGAGAGCGAGCAUCUCGACUAUGAAUAUCAGAGUUCGAGCUUCUUCACCGAGCAGCUAACUGCGUUCGAGAUCUACCUUGCGCGAGGAGACGCCAUGCUCAAGAAACCGCCGGAGCAGCUUCCAGUCGUGCUUCAGGUUCUUCUUAGUCAACAACACCGAGUUCGCGCGCUGAUCCUGCUUGGCAGGUUUCUUGACUUGGGUCCUUGGGCUGUGGAAUUGGCUCUGAGCAUCGGCAUCUUUCCCUACGUCCUAAAGCUACUGCAGUCCGCUGCUGCAGAGCUCAAGCCAGUGAUGGUGUUCAUCUGGACUCGCAUAUUGGCAGUCGACAUUUCUUGUCAGCCAGACCUGAUCAAGGACAGCGGCUACAAUUACUUCUCGCAAAUUCUCAAGCCAUCCGAGGGCCUUCCAGUUGCCAACAGCGACGAGCACAAGGCCAUGUGUGCCUUUGUGCUGGCGAUGCUCUGCAAAGGAUACAAACCUGGGCAGGUUGUGUGCAAUCAAACCGACAUCAUGACGUACUGUCUGGCACAUCUGAAGAAUGAGGAGAACGUUCUGUUGAGACAAUGGGCCUGUCUCUGCAUCAGCCAGCUUUGGCAUAACCUGCCAGAAGCGAAGUGGCGUGGCAUCCGCGAGAACGCACCCCUGAAGCUCUCGAGCUUGGCCAAAGAUCCAUGCUGCGAGGUGCGCACCGCGCUUGUGCACGCGAUGACAACCUUCCUGGGCAUUCCAGACCUUACCGAUGAGGUUGCCAGGAUCGAAGAGUCGAUUGCUUGGACCCUACUAGACAUGACAAAUGACGGCAGUCCUCUGGUGCGCAAGGAGAUCCUUGUGUUCUUGUCGCACUUUGUUCUCCGCUACGAGAACAAGUUCCUUGUCACAGCCUUUGAGCAGCUGGUGGAAGAGAAGGAAUACGCAAACUUCCCUCCCAAAGAUGACGGGCAAGAGCAGAAGAUGGGUCUGCACUAUGUUCGUCCCGAGCACCGCAAUGCCGACGGAACCAUCAAAGCUUCUGCUCAAGGCCUUUCGCACAAUACGGUUUUUGCAGCGUGCUGGAAGCACAUACUGAUUCUUACAGUCGACCCGCACCCAGAAGUGCAGCGCCAUGCAACGGUGAUCUUGGACUACGUGCACAAUGUCUUGCUUACUUCGAGCACCGGCAUACAUGCUCGGGCAUUGAUGGAAGACAUUGAGAGGCGUGCGAAACUCGCUCGCGCUCACCGGAAGCAGGCUUCCUUUUCCCGGAAUGCCUUUGCCAACAAUCCCAACGACAUGAACGCUCCACAACCGUCUCCAGGCCUUUUGAAACGCACGGCAAGUUAUCUAUUCCCUCAGUUGUGGAACCAGGACGACAAAGGGGCCUCUGGAAUGCCGCCACCAUCGCCAACCGUGUCAAGAAAUGCUUCACUCAGAGGAAGGCCCCCCACAGCUCCCCAGGAGCAGGCAGAUCCUUCCAGCAACUCUACACAAUACCACAUCGUCGACGAACCAGUUUCUGGCGGUUUUGAGCCACGAGAUCUCGACGAGGUACCCAGCCUUCCGCUCCCGAGUCUAUUCUUAGACUGGUCGAUCGAAUAUUUCCGUGAGCCACAAAUGAAGCCGAGUGAGGCGGAAGAGCCUGGCAGUACGGAGUACAAUGAGCGGCUGUGGAGACGGUCUCGAAAUGAGAACAUCCUGCGUGAGACUCAGCCGCAGAAGCAGUUCGCCGGCAGCCACAAGUGGAACAACCAGCUUUGCAUCAUGAACAAUGGCGCACAACCGGCCAAGAUGACAUUCCACCAGUUUGAAGACCACCUAGCAGUGGCCGACGACGCAAACACAGUCUACGUAUGGGACUGGAAGAAGCAGGGCAGGCUCAAUCGCUUCAGCAAUGGCAACCCUGAGGGUUCCAAGAUCAGCGACAUGAAGUUCAUCAAUGAGGAUGACAUCGCCUUCUUGAUGACCGGCUCCUCAGAUGGUGUGCUGAGAAUCUAUCGCGGCUAUGAGUCGGAAAAGACCACCGAGCUCGCAUCGGCUUGGCGGGCUCUGACACAUAUGAUCCCCAGUAACGUCAACUCCGGGAUGGUCUUCGACUGGCAGCAGGUCACCGGCAAAGUUCUGGUAGCUGGUGACGUCCGAGUCAUCAGAGUAUGGUCCGCCGCUUACGAGACCUGCAUCAUGGACAUCCCCGCACGUUCAGGAUCCUGCGUUACGUCCCUGACUUCGGAUCAGAUGACGGGUAACAUUUUCGUCGCCGGGUUUGGAGACGGUGCUGUCCGGGUUUUCGACACACGCUUGAGACCCCAGGAAUCUAUGGUGAAGAAGUGGAAGGAUGAAUCCGAUCGUCAGUGGAUUCGAAACGUACAUAUGCAGCGCGGCGGUCAGCGCGAGCUGCUAUCCGCAAGCCGGAAUGGUAAAGUCAAGAUUUGGGACAUCCGAAUGGACAACCCUCUGCGCACUAUCCAGGCAACUCGAGAGGGCCUGCGCACGGCAAGCGUUCACGAGCACUUGCCCGUCUUCUCUGUCGGAACCUCCAACCAUGUCGUCAAGGUCUUCAAUCUUGAUGGCCACGAGCUCUCACGCAUGGAGCCAUACUCGAGCUUCUUGCAGCAGAACCGCGGUGGCGCAAUUGCUGCCACGGCCUUCCACCCACACCGCAUGAUUCUCGGCUGCGCACCGCGCGGCGAUCACCAUAUCAACCUCUUCACCUGCGCCUCGGAGAAGCCCGAAGCAUUCCUAAACGCCCUGUAA